UUGGGGCGAAAGUUUGGCCAAUGGUUGUAAUCGUUAUUGACGGAGCGUAUUGUGCGUGAAGGUCUGUAAACUGACGAUGGCGGCCGGCAGUUCUGGCCAUCCCUUCCAGCACAUAAUUGAACCACUUCCUGAAAAGAGUCAUCAGAAGUUCUUCAAUGUCUCAAAACUUGGAGAGCCUAAAUAUGACAGUCUCCCCUUUUCUAUUCGGGUCCUACUUGAGGCUGCUGUGCGGAACUGUGAUGGUUUUUUCGUCACGGAGGCUGAUGUGGAAAACAUUUUAGAGUGGAAGAAUCAUCAAACUAGUGUGGAAGUACCUUUUUGUGCUGCACGAGUUCUCUUUCAAGAUUUCACUGGAAUUCCUGCCAUGGUGGAUUUGGCUGCAAUGAGAAACAUGGUAAAGAAGUUUGGUGGAGAUCCCAAGAAAGUCAACCCUGUUUGUCCAACAGACCUUGUGAUUGACCACUCAGUACAGAUUGACUUCAGUAAGUGUGCAAUGCUGAAUGCUCCAAAUCCUGGUGGAGGAAGUGAUGGCCAGAAGACAACAAUCAAGCCAGUGCUACCCAAGAUUCCUGUCCAGAAAAGUAACUGCAGAGGUCAGAGCAGCUGUAGUGGGCCUUGCAGUGAAGAAAAACAGAGUUCAAACUCGGGAAAGUUUGCAAACCAAAUUGAGAAUACACCAGUUCUCUGUCCUUUCCAUUUACAGCCUGUAUCAGAACCAGCAACCAUAGCAAAGAACCAAGAAACAGAAUUUGGCAGAAACAAGGAACGUUUGCAGUUCUUAAAGUGGUGCAGUCACGCCUUCAAGAAUGUACAGAUCAUUCCUCCAGGAGACCAGGUGGCAUACCAGGUGAACCUGGAAUAUUUGUCCAGAGUUGUGUUUGAGAAGGAUACAUUUGUGUUUCCAGACAGUGUUGUGGGCACAGAUUCACACAUGACCAUGGUAAAUGGUCUUGGAAUUUUGGGCUGGGGAGUUGGAGGCAUCGAAUCAGAAGCUGCAAUGUUUGGACAGCCUGUUACACUGACUCUACCACAUGUGGUUGGAUGCAGACUUGUGGGUUGCAUCAGCUCCCUGGCAACAUCCAUUGAUGUAGUGUUGAAUAUUACAAAGCAUCUUAGACAAGUCGAUUUGUCUGGAAAGUUUGUGGAAUUCUUUGGCCCAGGUGUAUCACAGCUGUCUGUUGGAGACAGAACUACAAUAUCAAACAUGUGUCCUGAAUAUGGUGCUGUAGUAAGCUUCUUUCCUGUUGACAAUGUGACACUAAAACACUUGAAGCAAGCAGGCUUUGAUAAGCAGAGGCUUGAAACAAUAGAAGAUUAUCUAAAAGCUGUUAAACUGCUAAGGAAUUACCAUGACUCAUCAGAAGAUCCUGAUUAUUCACAGGUGAUAGAAAUUAACUUGAGUAGUAUUGUUCCUCAUGUGAGCGGACCCAAGAGACCCAGUGACAGAGUAGCCAUAACUGACAUGAAGAGAGAUUUUCAAAAAUGCUUAAAUGAAAAGGUUGGUUUCAAAGGUUUUCAUAUUCCUCCAGAGAAACAAAAUGAUCUAAUUUCAUUUUCUUAUGAAGGAGAUGAAUACAAACUGGGCCAUGGCUCUGUUGUCACUGCAGCAAUAAUAAGUUGCACUAACAACUGCAAUCCAUCAGUUAUGCUGACAGCAGGAUUAUUGGCCAAAAAAGCAGUUGAAGCUGGCCUAAGCGUAAAACCUUAUAUAAUGACCAGUUUGUCUCCAGGGAGUGGAAUGGUGACACAUUACCUCAAUUCCAGCGGUGUAUUACCAUACCUUAGUAAACUUGGGUUUGAAGUAAUUGGUUAUGGAUGCUCGACUUGUAUUGGAAACACUGCUUCUCUUACAGAAACUGUUGCAAAAGCCAUAAAGGAGGGAAAUUUAAUAUCCUGUGGCAUUCUGUCUGGUAGCAGAAACUUUGAAGGACGUUUAUGUGAUUGUGUUCGUGCCAUCUACCUCGCAUCACCACCUUUUGUGGUAGCUUAUGCCAUUGCAAGUACCGUUAAUAUAGACUUUGACAAAGAGCCUGUAGGUGCAAAUGCACUUAAUGAAAAUGUCUAUUUGCGUGACAUUUGGCCCAGCAGGGAAGAGCUCCAUGAAGUAGAGGAACAGAUUGUGGUGCCAUCCAUAUUUAAAAUAUUUGGACAAAAACUAGUGAAAGGAAGUAAAGGAUGGAAUUCUUUAGAUGCACCUGAGUCGGACCUUUUCCCAUGGGAUCCAAAGUCAACUUACAUUAGAUGUCCUUCAUUUUUUGAAAAGCUUACUGUAGAACCAGCACAUCACUCCAUUGAAAAUGCACAUGUCUUACUGUUUUUGGGUGACAGUGUCAACACUGAUCAUAUAUCACCUGCAGGGAGCAUCGCGAGAAACACUGCUGCUGCAAGAUACCUCACAAGCAAAGGACUUUCUCCCAGGGAGUUCAAUUCCUAUGGUGCCAGAAGAGGUAAUGAUGCUGUGAUGACAAGAGGAACAUUUGCAAAUGUUAAGCUUGUGAACAAGUUCAUUGGCAAAGCAUCUCCUAAAACAAUUCAUUUCCCAUCGGGUCAAACCUUGGAUGUAUUUGAUGCUGCAGACCGGUAUCAGAAAGAAGGUAUUCCAUUAAUUAUUCUAGCUGGAAAGAAGUAUGGAUCUGGCAGUUCGAGAGACUGGGCAGCCAAAGGACCUUAUUUAUUGGGUAUAAAAGCUGUUAUAGCUGAAAGUUACGAGAAGAUUCACAAGAAUCACUUGGUUGGUACUGGCAUUAUUCCACUUCAGUUUCUUUCUGGUGAAAAUGCAGGGACUCUUGGUCUUACUGGCAAGGAACUCUACUCUUUAUCCAUCCCUCAAGAGCUCUUUCCAGGAAUGAUCUUGGAUGUAAAGACAAGCACUGGAAAAAUUUUUAAAGUGAAUGUGCUACUUGACAGUGACACAGAAGUCACGCUAUACAGGCAUAAUGGACUGUUGAACUAUGUGGCUCGAAGAAUGUUGUAGUUCACUGCACAAUGUAACCCAAACAUCAUCUAAGGCUGAAUUUAAAACUGCACCCAAAAGUUGCAGACAUAGCCUAUCUCACUCAUGUGGGUGUAGAAUCAUAUGGAUUAUCAGUUUCCCUUGAGAAAAUGUCAACAGCGUUUACAUCUUCACUUGUUUCGUAAUCAGCAGUUCGUUUUGGUUACAAGGAUGGUAUCUAACAGGCUGACAUCUAAAAGCAUAAAGGUGCUGAAUGAAAUAAGCCAAUACCAGCCUAAACUGACAAAGUAUUUCCACAGGAGCUACUCUUCGAUAAAUUUAUUCCUAAAUAUGAAUGGCAAAAAAGAUGUCAAAUGCUCUUCCUAUCAUUGUUGCCUCUUUAUUACACAUUUCAGAUCUUUGGCAGUAAUGUGUUGAUGUAAAGGUAGCUAAUUUACAUUUGAAGCACUGUAAACACUUACUCCUAUGUACUCUAGUGAAACAAACAAAUAAAUAAAUGUCCACUUUUUAUUUAGAUAAUGCCUGGCAGUAACCACAACUUGAAGAGACUAGUAUCACAUUAGUUGUAUUUCUCUCCACUGUUCUUUCCAACUUGCAUUUGAAAAAGAAACGUUAAACUGGUAAUGGUUAUUAUGUCUUUGUAUUAAAACUGAUAUUUUGGAAAUAUUGUAAAUGCUUAAUUGUUGGGCAUCCCCCACUAAAUUGCAGAUGAGUGUCAAAAAUCAUCAUAAAAAUGAAUGCUAUUGUCUAAUAAUGUUUGUAAAAGAAACUCAUGUUCCAUGUUUUCCAUAUAAGGUUCAGGGAACAGUGCACUGCUUUGGAUAUUAGACUUUUAAAUCAACAGUAUCAGGUUAGUAGUUUUUUUUAUGUUACGGUCUGCACUGCCCCCCCCCCCUUUUUUGGGGGGGGGGAGUAUUUACUGGUAAUUAUUUGACUAUUACCAUUAAUGCCACAGACUUCUUAACGUAAUUAUUUUCUAAGCCAAAUAGCAGAACUCUGCCAAAUGCUGUUCACAUGACAAUAGUAAGUAAAUGCAUUCCUGUUCUCUAUAUUUUCAUUUCUCCUAAGUGCUGUGUGCUAGCCAGUAAAUUUGUUUUGCAUUGAAAAUUCAUCCCUGCAAUACAUUUGUUUUUCUUAACAUGGAUUACAUGAAGGUAAACUGCAUUCCUCAAACCAUCAGAAAUGCUGCCAUUUAAAGUUCAUGAUGUUUAACAUUAAAUAUCUGAAAUCAGACCUUUGUUAUGAAUCAGCCUGCAUAAAAAGUUACUGAUAACUAUUGUAAAUUAAUUUUUAAUAAAGAAUAUUGAACAAAACAUAA